AUGCCGUCCUGGUUACGGUGGGUUACCGUUGCCGUCGUCGGUUUGGUGCUAGCACCGCUACCCGGUGUCCACUCGCUGGCUUACGGCUGUACCAAGGGAGCCCUAUUGCCACAUCCGCAGGAUUGCAGCAAGUAUCUGGAGUGUCGCAAGGAUACGCUGCUGUUACUGACCUGUCUAGAGGACGAAUCAUUCGAUGCCGCUACGGCCGGUUGCCGGAAGGAAGCGCAGUGCCGUGAGCGCAAGGACGAGGCCAUAUCGCUCGGGGCCGUAUAUCUGGAUCGAGCGGUUGUAGAACCAUGUGCCGGAUUACGGCCCGGCUUCAAGUUGGCCCAUCCGGAUGAUUGCAGUCUGUUCUAUCAGUGCACCCAGUCCGGAUCGGCGCUGUUCCGUUGUCCAGCGAAUCUUGUGUUUCACUCGCUUCUGAAAGUGUGCGUCUGGCCACAGCAGGUGGUGUGUGAACCGGUUCAGCCGCCAAAUCCUGGACUUCCACCUGGAGGUGAUGAUGAUCCAGGUGCAGGUGACAUUUGUGAACCCAGCUGCUUCCUAGAUCUACGAUGCCCACUGAACUGUGAUCCGAUCCUGCCACCGAAGCUCUUCCCGCAUCCGAGCCGUUGCGACGCAUUCUUCCACUGCAACCCGAGCGGGUAUUCGUGUGAGGUCGUCUGCCCAGCCGGUAUGUGGUUCAGCAGUAUCUUCCAACGUUGCGUCUAUGCGGAAUUGUCCGAGUGUGUGCCGGUUACGCGACCGAUCUGCCCUGAGCCUAACUGCGAACCCAACCCGGAUUGCCCGGCGAUCGAUACCGAUCCUCCGACGAAGUUACCAGUUCCGGGAGAUGAGUCAUCAUACUUCAUCUGUCGCGAUGGAUCGGCCUGUCUGGUACGGUGCCCACCUGGUCUAAUCUGGAACAUAAUCACAUGGCAGUGUGACAGACCGGAGGACGUGGAGACUCCCGAGCCACCAGUAACGCCGGAGCCACCGGUAACUCCCGAGCCACCAGUCACGCCGGAACCUCCUACUCCCGAGCCACCAGUCACGCCGGAACCUCCUACUCCCGAGCCACCAGUGACGCCGGAGCCACCAACUCCCGAGCCACCAGUGACGCCGGAGCCACCAACUCCCGAGCCACCAGUGACGCCGGAACCUCCUACUCCCGAGCCACCAGUCACGCCGGAACCUCCUACUCCCGAGCCACCAGUCACGCCGGAACCUCCUACUCCCGAGCCACCUACUCCAGCGCCACCGAUUACAACCACAACCCCAGGAGACUGUCCUACCUGUCCACCCUCGAACUGCGUGCCGGAUCCACGAUGCCCGAUCUGCGAGAAGUGCGAACCAACGUUCUUCCCGCACGAGAACUGCGAGCUGUACUACAAGUGCAGCUUUGGCAGUAUCUGCGAGAUGAAGUGUCCACCGGGGCUACACUUCAACUACCGCGAACGGGUGUGCGAUUGGCCGGAGCAGGCUGGUUGCGUGGGCCCUCCCAUCCCGCCGGAGUAUCCACCGGAGGACCCCGUCGGAGUCUGCUAUCCGCACCCAGGCUGUCCGCCAAACAACAACAUCGAGUGGUUCCUUCCCCAUCCCGACAGCUGUGGACUUUUCUUCAAGUGUAGCUGGGGAAAUGCCUGCCUGAAGGAGUGCCCGUAUGGGCUGCACUGGAGCAUCACGCAUAACCGGUGCGAGUGGCCGAAUCUGGCCGGUUGCGACCCAACGAUACCGCCGAACGAUCCCAGCUGCCCGACCUGUCCGUGCGAACCGUGCCGCUCGAAGCGCAACGCCUGCCAUCCAUCGCCACGCUGCCCACAGGGCUACAGCUGGUUCACGAAGCAAACGUUUAGCUACGGCCACGAACACAACUGCGACCAGUUCUACGAGUGCCUAUCGGGGCAGGCCUGCGUCCUCGACUGCCCACCGGGACUCGAGUACAGUGGCGGCGUCGGUCGGUGUGACGUGCCGAGCAAGGCCAAGUGUAGCCUCUACUCGAAGCCGAAACCGUUCGAUUGGUUCAACUAA